UUUGGAGAGGAGAAAAGAGCAAAGGAGGAGUUUUCAUUUGAUCAAAUUUGAGGUUAUUUGACCCUGAGGCCCGAUCAGAUGACGACUUGAGUCUGUUCAAAUUGUUAGUAUAUAGGAUGUGAUAAAGGCAACCAAAAAAAAAAAAAUCAUACUCCUAUAAAACUAUGUUGGUCUUGUGCGAGGAAGAAGAUAAUCAAUUUCAAUUUUACUGAAUGACAAUGGAGAUGGACAUUGUAGUUAUUUCUAGAUCAGGAAGUCUUAUUUUGCUUAUGAUCAAGAGGAAAUCAUGGAUUUUUUGUGAAGGUCUUUGUUUUAACUGCUUACUUGUUUAUGGAUCAUAAUCCAACGGCUUUCUCCCUCUAUGUCGCGAUGCUAUUACAAAAUUUGAUGUUUAUAGUGCAGCCAUAUUUCGUCUUUGAAAUAUCAUGGAUCAAGUUAUGCUGCCAUUAAAAGUUGGGGAAGUAGCUGAGUCAAGAUGUUUCCAGACCGGGUUCCGUGGUGCAUGGUUUCGAUGCAAGAUAAAAGAGAUUUGCUGGAGAAAAGGGCACAUUGAGUAUGCCUUGGAAUACUUUGAUUUUCCAGAUGAAAAAGUCGGGUGUACCAGAAUAUACCAGGUGCCCCCUGCGAUUAAGAUGUCAAAGGAGAAGAAAAGGCAGUUGAUGGUGCGUCCGCGGUAUCCUCCUAUAUGCCAUGAGAGUCAAUUGCCUUGUGCAGGAGCAAUUUCCGAAGAGACAGUUGUGAUCAAUGGUGCAUGGAAAGUGGGGGAUUUGGUAGAUUGGUGGAAUGCUGGUGCUCAGUGGUCUGGAAGAGUGGCUCAGAUAUUAAGCAAUGACAGGGUUCAGAUUGAGCUGCCACCACCUCCUGUUGGUGAAGGUUCAUGUUACGAAGUUUCCUGCAAUGAUCUUCGCCCAUCCUUAGACUGGUCUCCGGACUAUGGUUGGAGUGUUCCUACCUCUAAGGAAGGAGAAGACGCCAUUUGUGCUCGAAUAAUUAAGCCAGAGAACCAAGCUGCCACCGGCCUUCCAAAGUUGGAGAUCGAUGCAAUGGAUGAAGGAAUAACUGAUGUUCAGGCAACCCGUGUAUUAUCUUCUGAUGCUUCUUUUUCCUCUCAGAUUUCAUCAAACUCAUUACCUCAAACAUAUUCCAAGGUUGCAAGAGAAAGGCCAGAGGAAAAUACGGGUUUGGGAAUUGGGGAUAGCACCAUUGGCAAAACGAGUUCGUCAGCGAGCGUCUCUACUUCAUGCGUUAGAGAUACUUCAACUGAAACUGCAGCGCUUCCUGCCGAGGAAGCCCAGUCCUUUUGCAGGGGGCCCUUGAUGAAGAUGAGAACUAGUGAAAAUAUUUCUUUGAAUGCUAUGUACUCGGACACGUUAGAAGCUUCAAUUAUUGAUUUGGAGGAACUCGUUAACAAGGUGAAAUGGCUCAAGGGCAUCUUAGAAUUAGGAGCCCCUUUGUCUAAUGCUGGGAGGCCUCCAUGGAAGUUUAUGGAGAGCACAUAGCAGCAUCCACACCAAAAUGAGUGCUUCAAAAAGUGUAAGCUUUUUAUGCCCUCAAUAUACAUAAUCCUAUGCUUAGUGCAGACUUAUACACAUCUUAAAUACGUUGGCUAACAAUGUCAGGGUAACACAUUUUUGUUUUCAAGAUUUGAAUAUUGGGUUAACAAGGGAAUUUAUCUCGUUUUGUUCUUUGUCCUCGCAUUGAAAUUUCCCCUUUUGUUUUGUCACAUGUAUUCACAUUGCCUUAUCCUGUUUUUGUCAAUUCAUUUCAGUCCGCCGGCUUUUGGUCU